CUUAAUCGGGCUUUGAACAACUCGCCCCUGAGUCUUACCUGUGUGACGUCACAGGAUAGUUCGUCCCUAACACGCCAAGCCUUCUUGCAGCGCGAAGCCUGGUUCCACAGCUUGGUUGCUAAGCCAACGAACGCGCUCGUUCAGUUUGUUGUGGAUUCCAGUGGAAUUUUCUCUGUUGUUUCCAGCUGUGGAUUUUCAUACUUUUUAACCACAAAGCAAAAUGUUCAUCAGCAGCAUGGCAAAGAAAAGACCCUCAGAGAAGGAUUCAUUUUAUAAUUUACGACCUCUGCCUUCCAGAGGAACAAGAAAGCGAAACCCAGACGAAGACUUCAUACUGCGAGGUCGACGAACACCAGUCAGAAUGAAACCACAGAACUACAGAACCAACUCUGAAAUGACUAUAUCCACUUCAGGACUGUUACAUAAGAGUACAAGAACACCUUCCCGUCAGUCAGUAAGCUUUCAAGACUUGCAAACAUCUGACGAAGAGUUUGAUCCCAAUGAUUUAGCCUUGGAUUUGUCCGAAUUUUCUGAUGGCCCAGAGGAAGAGCUUGCCAGGUUGCACGAUAAGCCCAGUACAACUGAUGCAUUUCUUAACAGUAGUUAUAAUUCAGAUAGCUGGUUUAUAAAGCCAGUUCAUCGCACAGCAAGUCCAGCAGUUGACAUCGAGAAAAUUGCGCAAAGACAGCCAUUAAAAGCUUCCGUGUUGAGGUCAUCUAUGGAAGGAAAUGUUACAAGUGAUCCAAGUGAAAAUAUCAGGAAAACGCCCGUCAGGGACUUUGAUUUGUCACUUUUUAGGGAUGCAGAGAAUCAAAUGUUAUCUUCAAGAACAAUCAGUGCCUUGGCUACACCUUAUCAGGAAGAACUGGCUAGAUUACGGUUAGACAGACUGCGUUUAGAGGAGGAAAGACUCCUUAAAAAGAAAUGCGUGGAGGAACUUGAAAGAAUCCGUGGUCCCAAACCCAGAUGGUACGAACUGAAAACUCCUGAUUUUCACCAUGAAGCUAAGAGGAACAAUGACAUUUUAUCUUUAUCCGGUCAUUAAGGAGAUAUCAUGGAAUAUAGGGAUCAACUUUUGUCUUGUGUUGGGGAAGAAAAAGUUGUAUUGUAAUGGACAACAUGUUUCUAAAGUAGCUAUUAAGUUAAGUCUUGGCAAGUUUAACACAAAAAUAAACUUGUUUUCUUGAACGUUUGACAUCACAUUUCUUUUUAAUGAACUAAAAGAAGACUGCUUUGUUCCAAACUGACUACAUUUUCUAAUUAUGUCCUAACUAAUAAGGUGGAAAUGAGUAGUGUAUUUUUCAUUAUUAAUAAUGAAGUUGAUAUGAAGUGUGAUUAACAAUCAGUGUUGAAAGAAUCAAAAUGUCCCUAAGAGGCAGUUUACUCAGUUCCUCUUUUGCAGAAUUGACACUCUGUCUGAAAUAUAAUUUUGACUGCUAUACCUCAGGAACAUUUCGAGUUGUUACCAAAAUGCCCAUAGCUUUAAUUUAGUAGGA